GUAACAUCACAUACUCAAACGUUUUUCCGCAAGCACUUCGGUAGCUACACACAUGAAGAAAAAUCAGCCGAGGAAAUUAAAAACGCACUGGACCGACGUAGGAGGUGCCCCCCGCCGAAUCACUGCGCAUGCGCGGCACGACGAGCUUUGCGGAAAGGGGUCACGAACUCUGACCCUCCCCGGAGCAGCUGCGAACAGCAGAAACACAACUUUAAAUUUUAAAAAUAAUAAAAUCAAACACUGUCGGAGGCUGAAAAUAGCGCGUACGGGUCUGUGUACUCCAUGGGUUUUAGAGCUCAGGUUCAUUAGUAGGACACCGCAUCAGAAUGGAAGGACAAACCCCGAGGAUACAGCUGGUCUCGGCCGACGGGGGCGUGGCACUUGGGCAUCGCAUACAGAUCGUGACUGAUCAGCAGUCGGGGCAGAAGAUCCAGAUCGUCACAGCGUAUGAUCAGGCGCCGGCUGGCAAGCAACAGUUCAUCCUGGCCAAUGCGGACUAUUCCACAGCGGGCAAAGUUAUCCUGACCAAGCAAGAGCAGACCCCCAGCAAGGUCAUCCUGGCCACACCAGACAGCACGGCUGUCAACCAGCUGCUGUUUGCCUCCCCUGAGCUGGCAGGACAACAGAUCCAGUUUGUCACGGACGGUAGCCUGGACCAGUCAGCAGCCAAACCCGUGGUGGAGUACUGUGUGGUGUGUGGAGACAAGGCCUCAGGGCGUCACUACGGCGCGGUGAGCUGUGAGGGCUGCAAAGGCUUCUUUAAGCGCAGCAUCAGGAAGAACCUGGUGUACACGUGCCGGGGCUCCGGGGAAUGCGUCAUCAACAAGCACCACCGCAACCGCUGCCAAUACUGCCGCCUGCAGCGCUGCAUGGCCUUUGGGAUGAAGCAGGACUCUGUGCAGUGCGAGCGGAAGCCUGUGGAGGUGUCCCGGGAGAAGUCCGUCAACUGUGCGGCCUCUACGGAGAAAAUCUACAUCCGCAAGAACCUCUGCAGCCCCCUGGCGGCCACGCCCACCUUCGUGACGGAGAAGGAGACGGCCAGGUCUACGAGUCUGCUGGAGUCGGGCAUGUUGUUGAACAUCCAGCAGCCUUUCUCCAAGCUGGAGAAUGCCAUCAUGGUUCCAGUGUCCCCAGAAAAGGGUGACCCCUGUCAGGGUGACCUGAGCACUCUGGCCAAUGUGGUGACAUCGCUCGCCCACUUGAACAAGGCGAGGGAGAUGACGGACUGCAGCGUCGACCUGUCGGGGAUGGAGACGCUGAGUAACGGCGACGGGUCCAUAGCAGAGAUUCCGUCGGAGGAGCAGAAUACGAGCGACAUCACGCGAGCGUUCGACACACUAGCCAAGGCACUAAACCCUGCCGAAAGCGCCUCUGGAGAGGCCAUGGAGGCCAGCAUGCGCCUGGUGUCAGGUGACCAGUCGGGCGGCAUCGUGGAACUCGAGGGGCCUCUGCUCUGCGAAAGCCACGUGCCCUUUAAGUUGAUGAUGCCGUUGCCCAUGCCAGAGUAUCUCAACGUGAACUACAUCUGCGAGUCGGCCUCUCGUCUGCUCUUCCUCUCUAUGCACUGGGCUCGCUCCAUUCCUGCCUUCCAGGCCCUGGGGCAAGAGAGCAACAUCAGCCUGAUGAAGGCGUGCUGGAACGAGCUCUUUGCCCUCGGCAUGGCACAGUGCUCCCAUGUGAUGAACGUGGCCACCAUCCUGGCCGCUAUCAUCAACCACUUACAGAGCAGCCUGCAGGAAGAAAAGCUCUCUGCAGAACGAGUGAAGCUAGUGAUGGAGCACAUCUGGCGGAUGCAGGAGUUCUGCAACAGCAUGUCCAAGCUGUCGCUCGACGCGUACGAGUAUGCCUACCUCAAAGCCAUCGUCCUCUUCAGCCCUGAUCAUCCUGGCAUUGACAACACCCUGCAGAUCCAGAGGUUCCAGGAGAAGGCCUACAUGGAGCUGCAGGAUUACGUUGCCCAGAUGUAUCCCGAGGACACCUACCGCCUGUCUAAGCUUCUGCUCCGACUCCCCGCGUUGCGACUGAUGAGCGGUGCCAUCACUGAGGAGCUAUUCUUUGCCGGCCUCAUCGGCAACGUGCAGAUCGACAGCAUCAUUCCCUACAUCCUCAAGAUGGAGUCCACCGACUACAAUAGCCAGGGGGUCACUGCCGUCAUCCAGUAACCACGGAUCUGAUGUACCGCUGGGGUGCCUCGGCGGGGGGGGGGGGGGAGCACUGGAAACGCAUCUCCACUUCGCGAUGUGUACAAGCAGCGCAGUGAGCCGUAGCUUGUAUGAAAUUGGCACCACCCUGUUGUCUCUUGGGGGGGAGACUGACCUCCGCUUGAAGAGCGAGUUCGCUUUUGUAAAGGUCGCAGGUAGGGACAUGGACUCAGGCACCGAAGGCUACCAGCUCAGGUGCAAGGAGGAGGAGGUCCCAGAGGUGGCGCCCUUGAGCAAGAUACGUCACUCCAGUAAAAAGAUCCUGAUCUAUAAAUGGGUUAAAGAAAAAGUCACUAUGGGGGGGAAAAAACUGUCAGUUAAGCAACUAUAAAAUUGUGAUAGUCUUUCGUUAGUUCCCUGAAGCUUGCUUUUUUUGUCCAUCCUGUGUGACUGAAUCAUGGUUAUGUGAACAACAUUCAGUUUAUUUUUUGAGACAAUUUCCCAGCAUACUUCCCCUCUUCCGCUCUUUUCCAAGACUUUCUACUUUGUAUAGAAACAAUAGGGGUAGAAACUAUGACCUUAUUUCGAAUAAUUUAUCUUGUCUUUGGACAAUAAUGCUCAUGCUGCAACUCACUCUGCUUGUACAUGGACCUGAAGCCCUCUGUACUGUGUGUAUAUAUAAAUAUGUAUAUAAAAUAAACUAUGAAGGACCAUAA